AUGCGACCCCUCCCAGGCGACGAUGCGUUCGGGCGUCGACGGCCCGCCGAGUCUCAAGAGUUCCACUCCGUGAACCCGGGCGCGAGCCAGAUGUCCUUCUUCCUGGCCGACGAGGCCACCGUAGACUCGCUGCUCGACCAGCCGAGCGUUGGCCCUUCCCGCAUCAAGGACCACAGGAAAUACGCCGAGUCGCGCCAUGCCCUGCCCUCACGUGCCGUCGAGGCCGACGCCUACACCUACGCCGACGCCGACGCCGACACCUCUCGCGCCAGGGAUGCAUCGCGGCCGCGCGGGAGACAGCGAGACCUAUCCUACUCGCCUCUGUCCGUAGCUUCGCUGCCCAGCCCGACGCCCGUCCCCGCUGCAUCCUCGGGCCACGCCCCGCUAUCCCGCCCGAUGACACCGAUAACGUUGGGAACCUCGGUCACCGGCUCCGUCAUGAGCACUCCGUCGUCCAGGCGGAACUCGUUCUCCGGCUUCGUGUCCGAGAACGCCAUCAGCUCGGAUGACGAGGGGGAGACGCCGAUGCGGCCAACCUCGGACCUCAUGAUGGACAGCGGCAGUGCCCCGCAGCUCGUCAUGCCCAGUAUCAAGAUGCCCAGUCGCCGGCCCUUCACCGAGACCGGCAAGAGCCUGGGCCGUCUCAAGGUGCUCAUCGCCGGCAAGUCCGGCGUGGGGAAGACGUCGCUCGUCAAGGCCAUGGUUCAGACUUGUGACCAUAUAGUCCAUGUGGAUCCCAUUAUACCCCACCCAGACUCUCGGAGGUCGUCCAAGGCGACCGUGAGACCCAGUGCUGCCAGGAGACGCAGCUCCGCCGCGACAGAGGGCAUAUCCGAGAUAUUCGCCAGCACCAAGUCCUACCCGGAGUGGUGGACCGAGUUGGACGACUCACGCAGUAGCCAGAGAAGGAAGAGUCUCGGCGAUCAAGUCUUGGAUCGCAACGUUUGUUUCGUAGACACCCCGGGCUAUGGCACUGGAUCAUCUGCCAUGGAAACGAUUGUGCCUUGCGUAGACUAUGUUGAAUCCCAUUUGAACAAGCUGGCCUCGGACAGCUUGAGCGACUCGGAGAUGCUCAAAGUUCUCGGCGGCGAUGGCGGCUUCCAGGUUGAUGUCGUCUUAUACCUGGUGCAACGUAGUCUCAGCCCUGCCGAUUUCGAGUAUCUCAAGCGUCUGUCGUCACUGACAAACGUGAUUCCACUAUUGGCCCAGACGGACCGUUUGAGUGCCGAGGAGCAGGCCGUCUGUAAACAAGAGGUACUCGGGCAGCUUCGUGAAGCAGGCAUACGGCCCUUUAGUUUCAUCACCUCUCUAGAGCAGAUGCCCGAGGUCACUGCCAUAGACAUACCAUAUGCCGUCUCGAGCGCAACCGGGUCGGAUCACGACGUGAUGGAUGCGAGCUUGUUGAUGAGCCCAGACUAUGUCCAGCCAUUGGUCUCAUCAGAGCUUGGUGCUCUUGUUGACCACCUCUUCAGUCCCAACGGCUCAUCAUGGUUGAGGCACUCAGCAGCCAAGAAAUACAUGCAAUGGCGCAACAGCCCUAACCCAUCUCGACCCAGGCAUCUCUAUCGGCCUCUUAGUCUUCCCGGGCCGGGAGCGGGUGCUCUCGUAGGACCUACCUCGCUGGCACUUGCGCGCAUCAGCGAGCAGCCAAACGACAACGGCCCGGUGCAACUUCACUUGGUCGACUGGGCGGCAGACCUCCAGAGAAGUCUGUCCAGCGAGCGGGCUCGUUACGAGGCCCUGGCGCGUGGCGAACGGGCCCUGUGGCUCACCGAAAGAUUAAACGACUGCAUCAAGGACGGCACGCUGGUGCCCGUCAAGGACUCGAAGGAGCCGGGCUCGGCGCAGAGGAGACGGCGGCGAGGGCCCCAGGCGCGGAAGACGUCCCGCCACCAGGACCCGCUCGGCCUGUUGCAGGUCGCGGCGGACCUCAAGGCGAAGGGCUGGAUCGCGCUCGAGGUCCUGGGGAGCCUGGGCAUCCUGGGCGGCAUCGCCUUCUGGAUGACGAGGCAGCGCUGGCAGGCGGACUCGCCCGUCCAGUUCGCGGACGAGUGGGCGAGGAUGUGGGGUCUGGACAUUUGA